AUGGGACAUGUGGAUCAUGGUAAAACUACACUUUUAGAUUCUUUACGAAAAUCUUCCGUAGCAGCUGGUGAAGCAGGUGGAAUUACUCAACAUAUUGGAGCUUUCUCAGUCACAUUACCUUCCAAGAAAACUAUUACUUUCCUUGAUACGCCGGGUCACGCAGCAUUUUCUGCUAUGAGAGCUAGAGGUGCUCAUGUAACUGAUAUUGUUGUUUUAGUGGUUGCAGCAGAUGAUGGUAUAAUGCCUCAAACUAUUGAAGCAAUUAAACAUGCCAAAGAUGCUGGAGUUCCAAUGGUCGUGGCAAUUAAUAAGAUUGAUAGACACGACGCGAAUGCAUCUAAAGUACGCGAAUCCCUUUUGGCACAUGGCGUGGAACUUGAAGAGUAUGGUGGCGAAACACAAUCUGUUGAAAUUUCUGCAUUAAAG